AUGGCUUCUGCCAAAGAAAAUUACGAAGUAACCUCACCCCAAGAGGAUUCUGAUGCUGUUCUUUCGCCUGUCGUAGAGCCUGAACCAAUACCGGGGAUCGACGGUGUGCCUGUGCGAUGGUACGAUGCGGACCGAACGGAAUCAUACACGCGCAUAACGCCCUUCCAGGAGCGACAUGAUACUAGCGUUGAGUUCUUUUACAAACCCAUCACGCUAACUGCGCUUUCUGUUGGUCUCAUAAUCCUCGCAUACGUUGCUACUACCCAGGACGUUCUGGAAGAGGGUCGCGACAAGCGUCGCAUCGGUGUCUAUGCAGCAAUAUCAUCAUUCCUCGUAUUUUCAAUGUUGCAGUUCCGUGAUGGACCCUUCAUCCGACCACACCCCGCCUUUUGGCGUGUAGUUCUUGGAAUAAACCUUCUAUACGAACUGGCCCUAGUUUUCCUGUUGUUUCAAGACCUCGGAUCUGCGAGGACGAUGAUGACCUACAUAGACCCCGCUCUUGGGGUUCCUCUACCAGAGAAGAGCUACGCAGAAGACUGUACAUUGACUCCUCGGACCAUCUGGAAUGCACUUGAUAUAUUCUGUGUUGCCCAUGCCCUUGGAUGGUUUGGUAAAGCAAUGAUCUUACGUGACUAUUGGUUUUGUUGGAUUUUGAGCAUCAUGUUUGAGCUGGCCGAGUACAGCCUGCAGCAUCAAUUACCAAAUUUUGCUGAGUGUUGGUGGGACCACUGGAUACUAGAUGUUUUACUCUGCAAUUGGAUUGGAACAUAUUUAGGGAUGAAAACAUGCCAAUACUUCGAAGUCAAGCCCUAUGAAUGGCGUGGUCUCCGCCAGCACCGUGGUAUUCGCUCGAAAGCACGACGGGUGCUCAGCCAAUUCUCCCCACACGACUUCACGGCGUUCAAGUGGGGGACAGCCACCGACUUCCUCCAUUACUCGACUGUUGUCUUGUUGUUGGCGGUAUUCCUUGCCGCAGAACUAAACCCCUUCUACUUGAAGAGUCUCUUGUGGCUGGAACCGGAUCACCCCAUCAUCAUUCUUCGCUUGGCCUUCAUCUUCCUCUGCGCCCUCCCAGCCGUCAGAGAGUUGUUCCAGUAUAUUAAUGACCCACGAAAGGCCGUGAGAAUGGGCCAGCAUGUCUGGCUGUUGUUGGCGACGGUCAUUACUGAAUUCCUUGUCAUCGCGAAGUGGAGUAAGGGACAGUUCUCCGAGCCGUUCCCUACGGCAGUGAAAUGGGGCUGGUCCUUUGGAUUCAUGCUACUGGUGUUGUAUCCGACAGUGCAGUUCGGUGUGCCAAGCAUUCGAAGAUACGUUAGAAAGCACAAGCGCGGGCUCGAAGUCAAGGCCACCUAA